AUGCAGCAGUCGGCCGUUGGUACUGUUCUCAAUGCAGACUGCGACGUAUAUGCAUCCUCCAACCUUGGAUGUGGAGUUCACGACCGUUCGAAUGCCUCAUAUGGCCAGCCAUUUAACCAGGCAGGUGGUGGGGUAUUCGCAAUGGAAUGGUCUCCUAACGGGGUCUCCAUCUGGCGUUUCAGCCGUGGUGAAGUACCUCGAGAUCUUCAGGCAGGCCAUACUCCUCAGCCUUCCACCUGGCCCAUCCGUCCAGUCGCGCAUUGGGCCAGCAACGGAUGUAACAACAUGAACGAAGAAUUCUCCGAACACCGGAUUAUUUUUGAUAUCACGCUUUGCGGAGACUGGGCUGGUUCUGCUGGUGUAUUUAAUGCAAAUAAUGCCUGCUCUGGAUCAUGCACUGAUUUAGUUAAAGAUCCGACUAAUUACAAGGACGCUAAUUGGGAAAUCGCCUCGGUGAAGCUUUACCAGUGA